AUGUGCCGUAACUGCAGAACUGCUUAUUAUUUCCGGCCGUUUAAGAUAGACCCGCUUCUUCAAGGGAGCUUUAUUGAAAUUGGAAGGAUUAGAGCCGGGAAGGAGGAAGAUGUGGGAACUAUUGCUAAUGCUAAUGCUGCUAAUGAUGGUGACGAAAACAGGAAAGUAGGCGUUAAAAUGUGGGAGAAGUUAAGGUCUUACGGUGGUGGGGAUACAGUAGAUGGUCCGACGAUGGAUGCUGGUGGUGUGGCGGUGGAGGAGCAAGAGAAGCGUGGAGAGUGUGGUGGCGAUGGACAGGAACAGGCUAAAAAGGUGCUUUCGGUUGCUGUUUAUAACCACUACAAGAGAAUUUAUCACGCCUCUAUGCAUACAAAUCAAGAAACUGAAAACCAAGAUGUGGAUCAUGUUGAGUUAGAUAAGAGCAAUGUUCUGUUAAUGGGUCCAACUGGCUCAGGGAAGACAUUACUUGCAAAGACCUUAGCUCGAGUAGUCAAUGUUCCUUUUGUUAUUGCUGAUGCUACUACUUUGACACAGGCAGGUUAUGUUGGAGAAGAUGUGGAAUCAAUAUUGUAUAAGCUUCUUGUGGCUGCUGACUUCAAUGUGGAAGCAGCUCAACAAGGAAUUGUGUACAUAGAUGAAGUUGAUAAGAUAACUAAAAAGGCUGAAAGUUUAAAUAGUGGCAGAGAUGUAUCUGGUGAAGGGGUUCAACAAGCGUUGCUCAAAAUGCUUGAAGGAACUAUUGUUAAUGUUCCUGAUAAUCGAGCUCGAAAGCAGCCUCAGGGUGAUGGCAUUCAGGUGGAUACAAAAGAUAUCCUUUUUAUAUGUGGUGGGGCCUUUGUUGAUCUGGAGAAAACCAUUUCUGAGAGACGACAAGAUUCAUCUAUUGGGUUUGGUGCUCCAGUGAGGACUAAUAUGAGAGUUGGUGGAUUAACCAAUGCUGUGGUUACAUCUUCAUUGUUGGAAUCUGUAGAAAGUGGUGACCUUGUUGCAUAUGGUUUGAUACCCGAGUUUAUUGGUCGAUUUCCUAUUCUAGUCAGUUCUUCAGCUCUAGAUGAAGAUCAACUUCUUCAGGUUUUAACAGAGCCGAAAAAUGCACUUGGAAAGCAGUACAAAAGGAUGUUCGCCAUGAACAAUGUGAAGUUACAUUUUACUGAUACUGCACUGAGAUUAAUUGCAAAAAAAGCAAUUGCCAAAAACACAGGUGCACGUGGUCUAAGAGCCAUUUUAGAAAAUAUUCUGGUGGACUCAAUGUUUGAGGUUCCAAAUCCUCCCCACCAAGGAGCUGAUUUUGUUGAUGCAGUGGUGGUUGAUGAGGAGGCCAUAGGUUCAGAAGAACAACCAGGAACUGGUGCAAAGAUUCUUUAUGGAAUUAAUGCAUUACAAAAAUACCUCAAUAAUCUAAACUCAACACACCCUUUGGAAGCAACACAAGGGAAUAAGGGUGGUAGUAUGGAAGGGGAUUUGGAGGUCACAUCAAGAGUCAUGAGUUUGUGAAAACAUCAUCAUCAUCAUCGUCUAUGUAUUUGUAUUUGGCUAUGUACAUUUUUAAACCCAAGAAUAAAAGUUGAUGUAUUUUCACAAAAUUUGAAUGCAAUUUUAACAUCUCCAACUUAUAGACUGCUC